UGGGCUUAGAAUAGGUCCUUUGGCCGACUUAUCCUUAACUGUGAUCUAGUGGCAAGUUCCUUCUUACGAUCAUUUUGUGACGAAUAUUAUUUUGGUGUGUUUAUUGUGUUAAAGUUGCGUGGCUGGUGAUGCUGUGUUAAAUUUCAGUUCAUAAAGCUGAGCAUUUGCAGAUAACGGUUACUCUAAUCUUGUUCUGGAGUUCGGCACCGAUGCAGAACAAGGGACCCACGCAAGAGUAAAUAAUGUUGGCUGAGUUGUUACUUGGGGCGGCGCUCCUCUACCUGCUGUGGUUCGCGGUCUUCAAAAAGCCUGAUGGGCUGCCACCAGGCCGAUGGGGUCUUCCGCUGGUCGGCUACAUACCCCUCAGCGGAAAACACAUGGACGAGCAAUUCAAGGACCUCCAAAAACAACACGGGGACAUUUACUUAUGGCGAAUGGGCACCCAGGUGAUGGUCUUCCUGCACAGUUACCAGCUCAGCAAAGAAGCCCUCGGCAGUAGUGCUUUUCUCGACCGCCCGACGUGGGAACUGUUCAAAUUUAUGGAACCUGUUACUCUUGGUGUAAUUGGAAGCAACGGCAACAUCUGGCACACCAACCGCCGCUUCAGCCUCCGCCAACUCCGGGAUCAGGGAAUGGGCAAGUCCAGCUUGGUCUCCGCGAUCCAAAAGCAAGCCCGCGAGUUGGUCGAGGCGCUGAAAGGCCAAGCGAGCAAGCCGGAGCGCAUCCCCCGGGAUCUGCGGGUGGCUGUUAUCAACAUUAUCUGGCAUAUGGUUGCGAGCAAACAGUUUGAAAAAACGGAUCCCAAGCUGCAAGAAUUCAUCGACAUUAUUGACGAUCUGAUGAAAAAGUUCGGACCAUUAACAGUGCCCGAUUUUAUCCCUUGGAUUAAGUAUUGUCUUCCCGAUUUCCUCAUACGCCGCCUCUUCUCCGUCGAAAUACUUUACACUCUGAAGGAUAAAUUCUUCGAUUACUGUAAGGAACUGAUCGAGGAACACAAAGCUUCCCUGGAUCCUGAUGAUCCCAAGGACCUAAUUGAUGGCUACCUUCUUGAUAUCGAGGCAUCGAAAGACGACCCAGACACGAUUCGAACAGAAAGGGAUCUGUGCAUCCUCAUCCUGGACCUGUUCUUCGCCGGCAGUGAAACCACGGUCGGGACCCUCGCCUUCAUGUUCUUCUACCUAGCCAACCACCCGGAAGUUCAGAGGAAGUUCCAGGCGGAGAUCGACGAGGUUCUGCCGAAAGGAACGCUGGCUACACUCGAGGACCGAAGCAGAAUGCCGUUCACUGAGGCCGUUAUUCAUGAGGUUCUUCGGGCAUCUUCUUUGGCAUCGACUGGCGUUCAACAUGUUGCAGUGAGGGACACUAUGCUGGGUGGAUACUUACUCCCAAAGGGGACGAUCGUGUCGACAGCCGCAGGCGCCAUGCACCACGACCCCCGCUACUGGAACGACCCGGAAAAGUUCAUGCCGGAGCGCUGGCUGGACGACCAAGGGAAGUUUACGACCAAGAAAGAGGGGUUCCUGCCCUUCGGAGUUGGGAAAAGGGUGUGCGUCGGAGAGUCCCUGGCGCGCAUGGAACUCUUCAUCAUCUCCACCGCCAUCUUCCAGUCCCUGAGUGUGAGUCCGCCGCCGGGGUCAAAGGUCGACGUCUCACCGGCCCCUGGCAAUCCCUUUAUUAACACCCCGAGGCAGGAGAAGGUCUGCUUCACCAUCCGCGAGUGAG